AUGAACGGCCACCACGAGAUCCGGCAAUUGAAGCCCGGCAUCAACGUGCCCAUGGUCACCAUUUUCAAGGACAACGAGGAUGUCGAUGUGGACGCCAUCGCAAAGCACGCCGUCAGACUCGCAAAGGCUGGCCUCACGUCGAUAACAUGCCAAGGAUCCAAUGGCGAAGCAGUACACUUGACCAAGGAGGAAAGGAUACUAGUGACCAGCACCGUGCGAAAAGCCAUAGACGAAGCCGGCUUCAGUGACAUGCCCAUUGUCGUGGGCUGUGCGGCCCAGUCAGUGCGAGAGACCAUUGAAUUUUGCAAAGAUGCCUACAAUGCUGGUGGCGAUGCUGCCCUGAUUCUCCCUCCCUCAUACUAUAAGGCGGCGUACAAGCCGGAAAACUUUGUCGAGUUUUUCCAGGACGUUGCGGAUGGCUCACCGAUCCCGCUCAUCAUUUACAACUAUCCUGGCGCCGUUGCAGGCGUGGACCUCGACUCUGACACCAUCAUCAAGUUGGCCAAGCACCCCAAGAUCCGUGGAUGCAAGCUCACCUGCGGCAACACUGGCAAACUGAACAGAAUUGCUCAUGCGGUCAAGGCUGCCACGCCUUCAGAUUCCGGGUCGGGCUGGAUGUGCAUGGGCGGCUCGGCGGACUUCACUCUGCAGACUAUGAUUGCCGGCGGUUCAGGAAUCAUCACCGGGUUGGGCAACGUGGUGCCAAAAGCCUGCGUCAAGGUGUUCAACUUGUAUGCUGAGGGCAAGGUCGAGGAAGCGCAGAAGCUGCAGGCAAUCGUCGCUCGAGGAGACUGGGGCGUCAUCGCUGGUGGCAUCACAGGCACCAAGGCAGCCUUGGAGUCAUACUUUGGCUACGGCGGCUAUGCUCGGCGCCCACUGCCCAAGCCCAGCAAGGACGAGGUGACCAAGUAUGAGGCCAUGUUGAAGGAAGUCGUCGAGCUUGAGAACUCAUUGUAA